AAGGCCGUCAAAUGUAACCAAUUGCUGAGGAGCUCUCUCCUAAGAAUCCCGCCUCCACUCUGAGGAACAGCUUCGCUGAUCAAUGGAUUCCCUCCUAGACGCAAUGAGCGCGCGGGGCAAGUGGAGAAGCGGCUGAACUGCCCAAUGAACAAGCGGUUUCCGUGGUUAGGGGCGUGGCAGAAGCGGUCGUCAGGGGCGUGGCGGCAGUUACUUGGGCGGGGCCGGUAGCGGCGGGAGCUGCACUGGCCAGGGGUUCCGGCUGUGUAUCCAUGAGCGCCGCUGGCAGCCGGGGAGCUGCAGGAACCAGACUGGGGGCGAGCUGAGCACCUGUAGUCAAUCACACGCAGCUUUUAGGUUAGUUUGAAUAAGAGAUCUGACCUGACCGGCCCAACUGUACCACUCUUCAAGGAAAAUUCGUAUUUGCAGUGAGAAGAAUAAGUAACAUUGAUCAAGAUGAAUGCCAUGCUGGAGACCCCCGAACUCCCAGCCGUGUUUGAUGGAGUGAAGCUGGCUGCAGUGGCUGCUGUGCUGUACGUGAUCGUCCGGUGUUUGAACCUGAAGAGCCCCACAGCCCCACCUGACCUCUACUUCCAGGACUCGGGGCUCUCACGCUUUCUGCUCAAGUCCUGUCCUCUUCUGACCAAAGAAUACAUUCCACCGUUGAUCUGGGGGAAAAGUGGACACAUCCAGACAGCCUUGUAUGGGAAGAUGGGAAGGGUGAGGUCGCCACAUCCUUACGGGCACCGGAAGUUCAUCACUAUGUCUGAUGGAGCCACUUCUACAUUCGACCUCUUCGAGCCCUUGGCUGAACACUGUGUUGGAGAUGAUAUCACCAUGGUCAUCUGCCCUGGAAUUGCCAAUCACAGCGAGAAACAAUACAUCCGCACUUUCGUUGACUACGCCCAGAAAAAUGGCUAUCGGUGUGCCGUGCUGAACCACCUGGGUGCCCUGCCCAACAUUGAACUGACCUCGCCACGCAUGUUCACCUAUGGCUGCACAUGGGAAUUUGGAGCCAUGGUGAACUACAUCAAGAAGACAUAUCCCCUGACCCAGCUGGUCGUCGUGGGCUUCAGCCUGGGUGGUAACAUCGUGUGCAAAUACUUGGGGGAGACUCAGGCAAAUCAAGAGAAGGUCCUGUGCUGCGUCAGCGUGUGCCAGGGGUACAGUGCACUGAGGGCCCAGGAAACCUUCAUGCAAUGGGAUCAGUGCCGGCGGUUCUACAACUUCCUCAUGGCCGACAACAUGAAGAAGAUCAUCCUCUCACACAGGCAAGCUCUUUUUGGAGACCAUGUUAAGAAACCCCAGAGCCUGGAGGACACGGACUUGAGCCGGCUGUACACAGCAACAUCCCUGAUGCAGAUUGAUGACAAUGUGAUGAGGAAGUUUCAUGGCUAUAACUCCCUGAAGGAAUACUAUGAGGAAGAAAGUUGCAUGCGGUACCUGCACAGGAUUUAUGUUCCUCUCAUGCUAGUUAAUGCAGCUGACGAUCCGUUGGUGCAUGAAAGUCUUCUAACCAUUCCAAAAUCUCUUUCAGAGAAACGAGAGAACGUCAUGUUUGUGCUGCCUCUGCAUGGGGGCCACUUGGGCUUCUUUGAGGGCUCCGUGCUGUUCCCGGAGCCCCUGACAUGGAUGGAUAAGCUGGUGGUGGAGUACGCCAACGCCAUUUGCCAAUGGGAGCGUAACAAGUCGCAAUGCUCUGACACGGAGCAGGUGGAGGCCGACCUGGAGUGAGGCCUCUGGACUCUGGCACGCUCCAGCAGCCCUCCUCUGGAAGCUGCAUCCCCUCACCCCCUGUUUCAGGUCUCCCAUCUCCCUCAGUGACCUGGAUCUGACCUCACACCAUCAGCAGGGGGCAGCCACCAUGCACACCUGUCUCGGAGUAGGCAGCUCUUCCUGGGAGCUCCAGGCUAUUUUUGUGCUUAGUUACUGGUUUUCUCCAUUGCAUUGUUAGUCAUGGUGACAAGCGACAGAGUUCUUGCCCUCUGUCCAGUUUCAGCAUCUGGUUGCUUUUAAGCCAAGUACAUCUAGUUUCCCUAUUAAAAAUGUGUCUGAAUAGCAAUUUUGCUUUGCCACCAAAAGGCUUUUCCCUGAGAGCAGUGAAGGAUGUAUGUCAUUUUGUGGUGGUUGUAUGUGUCCUUACAUAGACCUUAAAAAGAGCUCACCCUUCCAGGCCAAUGCUGAAGACACAGCUCAGCUUGGAAGCCUGAGAACCCGGGCUUCCCAGGCCAGAGUGUGGCUUCUUAAAUGGCAAAGGAAAUUCCUUUGUAUCACAAGCCAAGUUUUCACCCUAUCUUCUAAGACCAUUUCCUUACACUUUGCUGCUGCUGAGAGUUACGUGGGGCACUUGUUAAAAAUUCAGCCUCCCAGGUCCCUCCCCUCGGAGAGGCUGAUUCACUGGGUCUGGGAAGGAGCCUGGGGAUUUUAAUUUUUGACAAGUGCCCCAGAUGAUUCUCAUCACCAAGCAAAUUUUGGAAAUGCUGUUCAACAACGCCCUUAAAUUGGGAACAUCUUUGUAGCUCGUUUUAUUGAAAUUCAUAAUCGGGGUGUCCCCUAGCUCCCACGGUCUCCAGAGCAGCAAGGCCAGCUAUGGAGCUGCCAUCGUGUGACCACAGUGUGAUGUCUCAGAAGGGCUCCGGGUGGGCUGAACAUCUGGGCUGUGCCCUGGCUCUGCUUUUCACCCUGGACAAAGUCCCUGUGGGCUUCAAUUUCUUCACCUCUAAAAUGGGGGACUUGGACCAGGUAGAUUGCUGAGCUCACUACCAGGUUCAACGUUCAAUGACAAACUCAGUUUACUGAGGUUUGAGAGAACAUUCCUCCAGGGGAGCCUGGGAGCUGCUCUCCCAGUCUAAGCAUGUGGAUAUCAUCAUUUGCCUUUUGUGUGUGUGUGUGUCCCUUAUUUGAUAAAAAGAUGUUUUGAGUUUUUUUUUUUAAGCACUCACUUGUAAUUUUAGUUUUUAAACCCAAGUCCCUCUAACUUUGCCUUUUGAUACCAAACAAUUCAAAAGUUGGAUCUGAGUUUGGAGAAAGAUAUUUCCAACUUAAGUGGGUAUUAUUUUGAAACCAGAUUUUUAAUUUAAUAGCCUAUAUUUGUAGUCUGUUGGAUAGGUGUUUCCAAAGUGUGUCUUCUCAAGUGAAAACGCAACUCUAGGUUUCAAGUACUCCUUUUCUCCAAUCCUGUGGUACUUGAAUGUCUAAAGACCCUGCACUUUCAACAAUCAGCAGUCGCUAUCUGGAACUAAACAGAACUUUGAGUAAAAUUGCCUGGAUAAUUUAAAAAGAUAUUUUCCCUCCUUCAUCUCCUUUGACUCCAGGACAGACUGGAAUAUAAGUAGUGGGUCUGCAUGGAUGUUUCAGGGAUCAAAGGAGCCACCUGAGCGCCUGAAUGCCAACCCUCAGGGCCACAGGUGGGUGUGGUUUGGGCACGGGUCCAAGUGACUGUGAUCGUAACGUCUGUAACCUGAAGAAGUAGUUUUCUGACAAUCACCAAAUCAUCCAAAUAACAUCAAAAACAGCCCUUAUCUCAGAAGAUUGAGAUUUCUGUGGUCUCAACUUCGCUUUGGUAUAAUUUCUGGCACUCACCAGCCUCUAUCAUUAUGACUUUCUCCCCAGUGUAUUAUUUCUCUAAUACGUUUCCUUUUCCUGUUCUUUUAGCACAGAUUGGCACUUUACCCCCUCAAUUUGGAAGCUAGUCCCUCUCCUCUGUUACUUUUCCCUUCACUCAACUACAGCUGUGAUCUAGAAGAUUCAUAGUCAUAUUUCUGCUACUACUACCUUCAUUUCUCAAGACUUUUUAUGAGAAUAGGUAAACCAAGCAAUAACUUCCUAGGAUUGAAUCACCACCCCAGAAGAGCAAGAGGCUCCUUUCAUAUGCCUGAGGCCACACCCCUUAACCUAUUCUGACGAAAUAGUGGCUGGCCCAUGUACCAGCUCCAUUCAGAAAUUCAGGAAGAGAAAAGACAGCCCUGUUGUCACACAAACCGGUGUGGGGGAGGGUGGAGCCUGGUCUGCACGGCAGUCCUGGUGGCCCCUGUGGAGGACAGGCAGGGCUGGCAGCAUAGCCUUUGUUGCCACACAACCGGAAUCUGCUCCUCCAGGACUGUGGGAGCCAAUGUCCCAGCUGAAAUCUUUUUAGUGUGUGACUCUGAAUGGCACUCACAUUCCAUUUUGGCUCACAUGGAGCUAACUGAAGCCCUUUGUUCAAGCUUCAGGCUCUUAGGCAUGGAAAUGAGAAUGUGACUGUGGCCGUCUUACAGGAAAAUUCUUGUUUGUCCCUGAAUGAGAGCACAGAGGCAUUGAAUUUACAGAGCUGCAAACUUGCCUGAUAAAUGAGGGAGUGGCAGUUUAUAGAUAGGUCAUCUUUUUUCCUUCCUCCAGGUGUCCUUGUCUUUCUUCCCAAAGUCAUUCAUUUCUGAUGAUUAUAUGAAUCCCCCUCUUGCUAGUAAGGUUCUACUUGGUCUAAAACAAGGCUGAAUUUUUAAAGAUUAUUUGAAUAUAUUUUAGAAUCAAAUUGAGGCUAUAAAUUGUAUCAAUCUGGACAAUUCCAUUGCAGGAAUAAUGUGUUGAAAACCAAUGAGGAGAAGCACCCACAUCUCUCCUGUAGCACUCUGUGUCUCAUAAGCAAUUUGAAGACACUUAUAAGUAACUGAUUCCAGUCAAAUUAGGAUUAACUGACUCAAAAAAUGGUGUCAAGUUUCUUUCAUGUUUUUGUUAGAAGUGAGUUUAACAGACUUGAAGAAAACUGUUAUCUUUUCCUGCUGUGAGUUUACACAAAUGAUUCCAGAGCAGAAUGAAAGCAGAAAGCUGUUUGUUACAAUAUUCUUUUAACCUCUCUGCCGCAUUUUACACUUACUGGGAACCUUAUGAGUCACCAUAGGAGUGGAAAUAUACCUGAGUUCUUGUCCUAAUGGUCUCUAAUUCACAUUGGAUCGUGGGCAAAUCACCUCACCUCUCUGAGCCUGUUCCCUCCUCGUAGACCAUCUCUAAGACCACUUCAUCUAUUUACACGUCAUUUGCUUGAACAUCUGCGUGAACUUGUCUUCUCCAGCCCUUGCAGGUGGAAACAGCUAUGUCAAGGCUCAAGGCUCAUGCUGAGGGGACUUGGAGGGAGGGGGUUUCUGCAUUAAGCUUUCCUGGUGAAGACCCUUGAUCUUGUCCAAAGCCCUGUGUCUUUGACUGGCUUCUCUUCAGAGUCCUCAUUGUCAUCGUAAGAUCCUUGCUGUUCUGAGGGUGGUCUUGUGACUGUGGCAGGUGCUGGCCGCUGGAAUGAGGAGCCUAUCUCCAUCCUCCAGUGUGACUCAGGCAGAGCAUUGAGAAUUCCCAGGGCAGAAAUCCUUCCUGCUCAGGCUUUCAUUCUAAAACUACAGUCUUCAUUAAAGCUGAACUUUCUGGGUAGCUGAGCUUAUAUGCCUGGAAUCUGAAUGAGAGCUUUCUUUGUAACUGUGUGACUUGAGAUCUAUUUUGCCAGCUCCUGGGAAACAAUACAUGUGUUCUUGUUUGUGUUUGCUCAGCAAGCAGAUGUCUGAGAUGUAAGAAGCUUUUCUUUUCCUGUGGCAUUGAUUCUGACUUAGAGCUGAAGUGAAGAUCACUGAAACAUCACGUCAAGUUGAAGUCACUCGUAGGUCUUUGUCCUUUAGGCAGGACAGGAGAGGCAUUAAGAAGCAUUUCACUGUAGCAUUCUGUCACAGUAUCAUCUGGAAUUGUUUCCUUUGCCCAGAAAGCCUUAACUUGCCUCUAGAGAAUCCCUGGUAUUACAACAAUAUUGUGGCAUUAGAAUUCAAAUUCUUCUGCUGUGGAAGUUUGAAGUGAAGCUGCAGCAAAACCAGAGAAUUUCCUCAAGUGGCCUGUAGGCUCCUUGUUAUCUUAUGCCCCCACCCCUCCCUCAACAAUAUGAGUGAUCCAGAACUGGCCCAGACACCUCAGCUCUGGCCCCUUUUUGCCCUUCUUGGCCUUACUCUGUUGUUCAAAGCCACUUUGGAUUGCUUGGAUGCUUCGAAAAGCCAUGAAAAGUAGCCUGCCUGUGGCAGUUAGAGGUCAAGCAAUUGACAGAAAGGGUUUCUUCUACCUCUGUCAUCUAAGCAGAGGGAAGUAAACCGCUCACCACCCCCCACCCCCACUGCCCCCGAUUACACUAGAAUUGCUUUUGCCAAAUUGUAGUUGAAGCUAAGGAAGGGGAAUCUGGCACCUGCUGGGAGAGGGAUCUGGUAUGCCACACAAGGCAAGGCCUGCUUCUUUCCUUCCCGUCUCUGCUGCUGCUGUAGCCCAGGCUUCCUCCGACAGUGGCCCUUGGAAGCAGGCCGCAGAGUAGACAGCUGCUCCUUUUGGAAGAGUCAGUCCCCCGUGUUUUCUGAACUGUUUUUCCUAGCAUGUUUGUGGGUAGAGCUUUCAUGCAUCUCUAGUAAUAAUAAGCUGAAAUUAGUUUUUUUAAUUCUCCAAUUUAAAACUUUUAAUUAAAAAGUAAAUUUUAUAGUCGAAAAUGAAAACUUGGGGAGGGCAGAAAGAUCACACCCAAGGCUGUCACUUCAUACUUGGAGGGUUGCACAGCAGCCAGGCAGAGGCGCUCCUCACUUCCCAGAUGGGGCGGUGGGCGGCAGAGACGCACCUCACUUCCCAGACAGUGCGGCAGCCAGGCACAGGCAUGCCCCACUUCCCAGAUGGUGGGUGGCCAGGCAGAGGUGCUCCUCACUUCCCAGAAGGUACAGUGGCCAGACAGAGACGCUCCUCACUUCCCAGAGGGUGGGCGACCGGGCAGACGCGCGCUCCUCGCUUCCCAGAGGGUGGGUGGCCAGGCAGACGCACUCCUCACUUCCCAGACAGUUGGGCAGCCAGGCAAGCACCCCUCACUUCCUAGAUGGGGCAGCACCCGGGAAGAGGGGCUCCUCACUUCCAGACAGGGCAGCAGCCAGGCAGAGGCGCUCAUCACUUCCCAGAACAAUUCUUUAUGAAUUUCAUAAAGGACUGAAUGUGCAACUGAAACCUGCUAGUGAUGAUCUGGUAAUAUACAAUCUGUCCAGUGACCAAACAGUUUGUUUUUAUUGUGUUUUCUAACCAUAAGAGAUCAUUAAAGGCAAAGCCUAUAUGACACUGUACACACACACAAAAAUGGUCACUGCAGGCCAUACUACCAAUGAAAUGGUACGUAAACAAAUCUUUUUCUGGUCAAGAGAAAAAAAAAAGAAAUAGCACUCUGCAUGCUUCGCUCUACAAGAUGAAUUUCCCUAGAAAGAAUCCAGUGAAGGCCGGGCGUGGUGGCUCACUCCUGUAAUCCCAGCACUUUGGAGGCUGAGGCGGGUGGAUCACCUGAGGUUAGGAGUUCAAGACCAGCCUGGCCAACAUGGCGAAACCCCUUCUCUACUAAAAAUGCAAAAAUUAGCUGGGUGUGAUGACCAGCGCCUGUAAUCCCAGCUACUCGGGAGGCUGAGGUGGGAGAAUUGCUUGAACCCAGGAGACGGAGGUUGCAGUGAGCCCAGAUCAUGCCACUGCACUCCAGCCUGGGCAACAGGAGUAAGACUCCGUCUCCAAAAAAAGAAAAAGAAUCCAGUGAAAAUGGCUGCAAUUACAACAAGAAGUGAAGGAAGAGGACUGGUAACAUCUCUGAAGGAUGCAGUUGAGGUUGAUCCAGGUUUAUCCGAAUGUGCUAUCUUUCUGAGCCUUAAACCUUCAUCUCUCAGGUGUCGAUUUUCUUCUGAUAGCUUCAUCAUUUCUCCCUGAAGUCUUUUACACUAUUCUAUUAGUUUCCUUGUUUCGGUAUCAUUAAGUGAAACACUGUGUGGUUUUGGCAUGGGUCCAUCUUGUUUAGAUGCAUUCAGUGGAACAGCUUUGCUAGGUUCCAUGUCAUUCAAUUUAUCAUUUUCAUUGGGCAUUUCAAAUAGACAUCUCAAUUUGGAAUCCAUUAAUUCAUGAGGUUUUGCCUCUUUCCACACAGCUUCCAUACCUGAAGUGUUUAGUGGAGCAAAAAUUGUACCAUAAACUUGUGUUUACUCUUUUCAUUCGGAUCAUAGUCAAAGGGCUGUAGCAUUACUGAAACAGUCACAGUUGACCCUGGGUCAAUAAUUCCACUGUUGGGCCUCACACAGUACCGGUGAGGCGCUGUAGUCUUCACUUUGAAACACACUUUUCUAUCCGAUGGAUUUCGCAAUUUAAGAUUUGUAGUGACUACAUCUGUGAAGGGGCCUUUGAAUUUGAGGUCUGUGGGCGGAUGGAGGACCAGGAUCUGCUCGUGCUUCGCCAUGGCCCCGGAGGCGGACGCCAUCGGAGAGACAGCGCAGAGCAGGGGGCGGUUUGCUCGCUGGGGGCGGGUGACGAUGGCGAGGGGGGAGGGGGAGCGAGUUUGCAUCUCUCCUUUUCCUGGUUAGACUGUUCAACCACAUUCUUAGGUUGGCAGAUCUGCUUCCAGAUUGAUUUUUUGAGAACCAUCACUUUCACAUUCCUAAUUCUGAUUUUGUUUUGUUUUGUUUGGGUUUUCUGAAACUUAAAAUGCUGCCCUGAAAAUACUAUAUUUUUGAGUUUGUGUUCUGAAAGCCUCCGUGCUGCUGGAUCGUUGGCGGGAAAUACAGGAUCCUUCAGCGCUGAGGUGUUUAAGAUUUGCAACUAGCAAUGCAAUUUUUUCUAAAUAUGGGGAUAUUUACCUUUAUUAAGAAAUUAUACUAAACAAUGAUGUCCUCGAUCCUUUUAUGUUCUCAUAUUACUUUUGAUUCUACUAUGAUUGCGUGGUGGUGAACAAAGAUCAUUACAAACAAAAACUGUAAUUUUGUUAUAUUUGAUUCAAUGGAAUUUACUUAAAAAAUAAAGACUAAAAAUGUG